AUGGAGAGGUAUGAUAUAGUGAAGGAUAUAGGGUCUGGUAACUUCGGAGUAGCGAAGCUGUUCCGUGACAAGUUUUCAAAAGAGCUUUUCGCUGUUAAGUUCAUUGAGAGAGGUCAAAAGGUCUUUCUCUCCUUUUACUCUCGUCCCACACUCUAAUAUGUGAGCUAGUUCAUGAACCAUAGGUCACUCAACCAUCCCAAUAUAAUAAGAUUCAAGGAGGUAUUAUUGACGGCAACACAUUUGGCUAUAGUAAUGGAAUACACCGCCGGAGGAGAACUCUUUGAAAGAAUCUGCAGCUCCGGAAGAUUCAGUGAAGACGAGGCAAGGUUUUUCUUUCAGCAACUGAUCUCAGGAGUUAGUUACUGUCAUAGUCUUCAAAUUUGCCAUAGAGAUCUAAAGCUAGAGAACACACUCUUGGAUGGAAGUGCAGCGCCACGUGUAAAGAUAUGUGAUUUUGGAUACUCAAAAUCAGGAGUUCUUCACUCGCAACCAAAGACAACGGUCGGAACACCUGCUUACAUUGCACCUGAAGUGCUUUCCACAAGAGAGUAUGACGGCAAAGUCGCUGAUGUUUGGUCUUGUGGAGUCACGUUGUAUGUAAUGCUCGUUGGUGCUUACCCUUUUGAAGAUCCUUCGGACCCUAAAGACUUCCGUAAAACCAUUGGUCGGAUUCUGAGGGCUCACUACUCUGUUCCUGACUACGUUUCAGAUGAAUGCAAACAUCUUCUCUCUCGGAUAUUCAUCGCUAACCCUGAGAAGAGGAUAACAAUGGAGGAGAUCAAGAGUCAUUAUUGGUUUCUCAAGAACUUGCCGGUGGAGAUGUCCGAAAGAUCAUUGAGGAUGAACGAUCAGCCGUCUCAGACAGAGGAAGAGAUAGUGUGGAUCAUCCAUGAAGCUCGGAAACCGAUCACUGGAGGUUCUGGACUGUCCGGUGCUGGUGGCUCAGGUGGAAGCAGUGGUGGUGCAGUUGGAAGUAGUAUGGAUCUUGAUGACUUAGAUAUUGAUUAUGACGAUAUCGACACUGGUGAUUUCGUUUUAUGACCAUUUUUUUUUCAUUUGCAUUACCAAAAACAAAGAGAUUUCAUGUUCCUGAAGCU